CACGUCAUGCCGCAGCAGCAUUAUACUAACACAAGCACCUCUAAUUUCUUAAUGUUGCGUCUAUAAUGUAGCUUGCUUCUCAGUAUCGGCAACGAGCUAAUUAAGUUUGCUCCAAUAUAUAUUUAAUUUAUACAGCUUAAAUACCUCGCAUCUCUUCUCCCAUCUUGUCCUGGGCUUUCUAUUAUUCAUACAUAGCGCGACCUGCAUCUUGGUCAACUAUAAUUUUGUAUUACUAUUUCAACCAAACUACAAGAACAUUUGUCGCUCAACAGAAUAACUAUGCCAAAAUCAAUAGCAUCCACAACGUCCACCCCGUCCACUAAUAAAAACCGCCUUAGUGGAGCCAGCACUGCAAUGUCUGAUCAGCUCCGGAGCCACAGGAAUGUUAUUGACAGCAAUCAUGGCAAACCACAUGUGCCCGAGACCGAAACAACCCUGAGCGUUACGGGAAUAACGUGCGCAGCGUGCGUAAACGGCAUUGAAAAACAUGUUGGCGGAAUGACUGGUAUAAGCAGCAUCAAGGUCGACCUAAUGACAGCCCAGGCCAUCGUCCAGCACUCGGAGCUGUAUAUGUCGGCCAAUAAUCUGCGCGAGGCCAUUGAAGACAUGGGCUUUGAUGCCAUGAUUAUCUCGAGUAAAUUGCUCUCCAAAUCCGAAAAGUCAGACGGAGGUACCACAGAUGCAGUUAUGGGCGACCAGCCAGUUGGUUCGUGGUUUACCGUGGAGGGCAUGACGUGCGGCUCUUGUGUGGCCGCGGUAACAUCAAUACUAACUGCGCUUCCUGGCGUCAUCAGCGCAAAUGUUCAGCUGCUGACCGCACAGGCAUCUGUCAAACAUCUGCCGUGUAAAAUUGGCGUCCGCGAAAUAGCCGAUGCGCUGGGCGACGGCGGGUUUCAGGCGACCUCACUCGGCGUAGACGAAAAUGCAGAAAUGGCGUCAGAUCCUUCGGCAAUUGCGCUGAAAAACCUGCAGAAACACCGGAGAGCGGCGGCAAUUCGGUUUGGCUGGUCGCUGUUGUUUGCCAUUCCCAUGCUUAUCAUUGCAAUGAUCAUCGACAUGGCACUGCCAAAAUCCAACCCCGUGGCGCAAAAGUUCCACCACAAGGUGUUCAAGAGCUACUCAGUGUCAGUCAUCUGCAUAUUCUUUAUUGCUACGGCGGCGCAGGUUUCGCUGGGCUGGUACUUUUACAAGCAUGCAUACAAGUCGCUGGUACGGGCAAAGACUGCCAAUAUGGAUGUUCUGAUUGCGCUGGGAACCACCGCCGCCUACGUUGGGUCAAUUAUCAGUGUCACCAUGCAGCGCGGCGCUGGUGAGCAGUUUUUUGAAACUGCCGUGUUUUUGAUGACGUUUGUGCUGCUUGGACGGUGGCUCGAGUCCAUUGCCAAGGGGCGCACGGUCAGCGCCGUCGAGGCCCUGGUCAAGAUGCAGCCCAACGAUGCGCUGCUUGUGCGCACGUUGGGAAGUACAGGCGAGACCUUGGAGACCAUCAGCGCCCGACAAAUCCAGUUAGGCGAUUUGCUACAGGUGAACAACGGCAUGCGCGUGCCAUGCGACGGCGUAGUGACUAUGGGCCAAACUGAUGUUGACGAGGCGCUGCUGACAGGAGAGUCCGUGCCUGUGGUCAAGACACAGGGGUCGGUGGUCACCGGCGGCACACUGAAUUUGUCGCAGAGCAUCCGGAUGCGCGCAACGGCAAUUAACGGAUUGUCAACACUAUCGCGGAUUGUCAAGCUGGUACGCGAGGCGCAGUCCAACAAGCCUCGCAUACAGGAAGUUGCCGACCGCGUUGCAUCACGCUUUGUUCCGUUUGUGGUGCUAGCAUCGUUAAUUGUGCUCAUUGCCUGGGUGUCUGCCGGCGCGGCGGGGCACAUAAAGCACCAGUGGCUCGACGAUCCGGGAAAACCAAUGGCGUAUGGCAUCUUUGCCCUGCUUAACGCCAUUAGCGUACUGGUUAUUGCCUGUCCCUGCGCGCUUGGUCUGGCAGCGCCGACAGCCAUUAUGGUAGGCACCGGAAUGGCGGCGCGCUUUGGAAUCCUGGUCAAGGGCGGCGGUGCGACAAUGGAGGCUGCCAGCAGCAUUGACAUCGUGGCAUUCGACAAGACCGGCACACUGACCAUGGGCAAGCCCGCGGUGGUUGACUACCAUGUUGACCAAGCGCUGUUAGCCCAGAUUCCCGGGUUCAAGGCAUGGCUCAAUUCUGGAAUCUUUGCACUCGAGUCGCUCAGCAGUCACCCUCUGGCCAAUGCACUGAGCGCGUACAUCCACGAGAAUAGCGCGAAUGACAGUAUCGAUUCCGUCAAGAUUGCGCCUCAUCUGAUUGAUCCCAAAGAGCUUCCCGGGCGCGGCAUGCAGGCAACCAUAGGAAUUUCUACCGAGACAGCACUGGCGUUUGGGUGGCCGGCGCACGUAAUGCAGGCACAGCUGCUGAUAGGUAAAGACGAGUGGGUCAAGGAGGAAGGGUGUGACAUAGAGAUUCUGCUGAGAACCCGCGCACAAUGGGCUGACAGUGGGUACACGCCGGUGGCCAUCGCGUUGAAACUCGCUGGUCACAAACUGAAAGAUGGCGGGCGGACGGUUGCAGCGUUUGCAUUGUCGGACCAAGUGCGUCCUGAAGCGCGCGACGUGGUUUCCAGAUUGCGGAAGCGCGGCAUCGACGUGUGGAUGAUCUCGGGUGACCACCCCUCGGCGGCCAACGCGAUUGCACGCAUUCUGGGCAUCGACAAUGUGAUGGCCGGUGUCCUGCCCGAGCAAAAGUCUGAGACCAUUCGCUUACUGCAGCAGCGCGCCGUCCGUAUGCCAGGGUGGCCAUGGUCGGCGACGGAGUCAACGAUGCGCCAGCACUGGCACAGGCCGACGUUGGCAUUGCCGUCGGGUCGGGCACUGCGGCUGCCAUGGAGACAGCGCCGGUGCUGCUUAUGCGGCCCUCGCUCUAUUCAUUGUUGACGUUCCUUGACCUGUCGACCACUGUGUUCCGGCGCGUCAAGCUCAACUUUAUCUGGGCGUCCAUGUAUAACGUCGUGUGCAUCCCGAUAGCCGCCGGUAUUUUGUACCCUGUCAUCAACCGCGGUCUUCCACCAGUCAUUGCAGGUUUGCUGAUGAUUGCCAGCAGUCUGACAGUGAUGGCCAGUAGCUUGUCGCUCAAGCUCUACCGCGAGCACAAGUACUGAGCAAUUUUAUUUUAUUUUUCCAUCGUAUAU